AUGUCUUGGCCUCUAACCAUGAGCGACAGUGGGUUAGAUGACGUUGCUGACCUACCUACCGAAGGCUUUGCUGGCAUUCCUUCGACCAUGUCACAGAGCGGAUUACCACACCUUGCAUAUGACAAUUCUGGUCACUACCCUCCAACCAUGUCUGGGAAUGAGCUACUCGACUUCGAGGACGGAGGAUAUGUUGACGGUGAAGCAUCAGCUCCGAAUUCUUUGGCUUACUGGAAGGCAUCUCUGCACCCCGCGGAAGGCGAGGAAGGCUUUACACCAUACCUUAAUCAGCAGGAGUUCGACAAGGCGGAAGAUAUCCUUGACGAGGACAACGAUGAUGUCGAUGAUGAGCUGAUCUUCAGCAGCUUUCAGGAAGCUACAAGCUGGCGUAGCCGUACCAGAAGUGUGAACCCCCAAUCUUCUGCUGAUCCAACAAUUCCCCGUACCUUGAAGCACAAGAAGGCGGCUGUCAAGCUCGUGUUCAAGGCCUACAAAUCUACCGCUCUUGCUACCGAUAAUCCUGGCAUGCUUAAGGCGUUCCAAGAGCAGAAGCACGAUAAUCGUCAGGUCGAGACUAUCUGCUGGUCCAUUGUGGAAGGUUGUAUCGACCGCUGCGAUCGAGGUCCGCUGCUAAACGCAUAUGAGCCAGACAAGGCCAAGAACAACCCGUCCAUCAGAACUUUUGCCGACCGUCUGGAUGCAAUCGUGGGAUCUUUGAGUCACCAGAAGACGAUUUGCAAGCACCUCCUUGACGCGCCAUAUCUCAACCGCUUCAUCGACGAUCCUAUUGGCUCGAAACAGCGAGUUGAAUCUAACAGAAAGCUCAAUAGGAAGAAAGGCGGUGUCAUGGAUGUUGGCAAAAAGGCGUUGGGCUUGACGGGAAGAAAGGGCAGACCUCGUGCCUCUGAUGCAGGGAGUGAUGACGAAGCAGAGGAGUACAAGUCUGAAAGCCAGGAAUUCCGUGGUGAAUCAUCUGGCAUAUCAUCACCCUUUAAGACGCCAGAUCAGUCAAUCCUUGCAGCGAACAGCACCGGCGGUCCUCCUUCUGUUGGUCUCAACCCGCUGUACUCUGCCGAGCGAUUUAAUAGCGAGACCCCUACUCCAUCUAAUCGACGACGAGCCGGCACUACCACCUCGCAAACCUCACUACGAACCCGAGCCCACCGAUCUCUGUCUACUCAGAAAUUUGGUGUUCCAGGAGACAUGAGUCCGAACAUGGGUCAAGGAAUGGAGUUGGGUUCGAUGAGCACGCUGCCAGGUCCGAUGAUGGAUCCGAAUAUGCCUGUCUAUUCCGCUCAGCUUCCCUACGGUAUUGAGGCUUCCAACGGAUAUCAAUCUUCAUACAAUAUGGCCAAUACCUUUACUGCGAUGAAUUCGUUCGGGAACGCUAGCAACUUCCACGCUACGCGCAUGAACAAUGGUUACGAUACAGAUCUUCUCAGCGGACCGACCUCUGCUCCACGCCAAGUUCCCGGACACUUCCAGCAGACCGAGAUCGACUACGUUCCUGAAGCCAGCGGAGGCAGCAACGACAGUAAUGAUUCCGAUGAUGAGUAUCGUCCCGGUCCUAGCCGCAAACGCCGUCGCCAGCAUUAG